AAUAUCAUCGGAACUGCUUCUGAGGUCGGAGCCACACUUCCGGUUUCUUGUUUCCCCGGCACGCACGCGCUGACCAGUUGCUAAGUAACCUCUGCAGGGGGUUGCGUCGCUACGUCGCUGGAUGCUGAUGCUGGUGCAGCUAAAAUAAAACCAAACCACGCCGCGUCGGACGCCAAAACUUUGAACCGGGAGGAUGAACGAGGGCGCGGACUUGUCUCUGACCAUCGCUCACAUCGUCCAGCGGCUCAAAGGAAGCCAUUUACACUCUCAGAUAGAGAGGCAAGCCAAAGAGUGUUUACAUCAACCUGAGAUAAAAUUGGAGUCUUUAAAAGAGGACGUACGCAGUUUUCUCAAAACGUCAGGUUGGGAAAAAAGGCUGCAGAAUGCAGUCUAUAGAGAACUGCACAUCCAGCUGCCUCCGAGCCUUCCCACGGCUCCUCCGGAGCAUCUGAAGGAGCCGCUGGCCUACAUGCGCAACGCCCAGGCCAGCUGGGAGAAGCGUGUCCUCAAAAGCCUGAACAGCAUGAGCACGGAGCUCGGACUGCCUCUGGCUCGCAUGAGGCCUGCUGCGGAGCAGAAGGAGCUCACCAGCAAAUGGAACGAGAUGGGCACGGAUGAACCAGAACUGGCUCGCGUCAGGCCCGUCUACGCCCCCAAAGACUUUCUGGAGGUGUUAAUCAGUCUGCGGAACCCCAACCACGACAGCAGCGAGGACGUCGGCGUCCGAAGCCACUGGGGCCUCAUCCAGGUUCCGCUCAACGUCAGGGACAUCCCACAGCUGAGACGGGCCUACUCCGAGCUGAACCUGACCACUGGGCAGCUGGGGAUUGACGACCACGCGCACAUUCAUCCAGACUUGUUUGAAAACGAGUACGUUCAAAUCGGGAAAAAAGUGGUGGUGGAGCAGGACAGCGCUGCGGCGCAGCAGUACAGCAGGCAGGGCUGCCCCACCGGGCUCCGUGCGGACCUGUGGGCCCUCAUCCUCAACUCCACAAACCAGCCACAGGAUGUGAUGCACUACGAGCAGCUAAAGGCUGGAGUCAUCCAACAUGACCUGCUAGUGGACAACCUCAUCUAUAAGGACGUGAAGCUCACCGCCAGUAAUGACGACUACUACUUCGUGUUUGAAGACUUCCUCUAUCAGGUGCUGCUGUGUUUCUCCCGUGACACCGCCGUCUUGGAUCACUUCAAAUACAACAGUGCCACUCCUCCCAAAUCCUACAUCCAGGGGAAAGCGGGAGACGAGGAGUGCGCCGUUGUUUACCCGCCCAACGGUGUCAUCCCCUUUCACGGGUUUUCCAUGUACGGUGAGUGUGCCCUCUUCCCGCUCCGCCGUGCUACUCGCUACUACGCUGAUCAGGAUGUAACAGGAAGUUUGUGCAUGUUUGUCCCCCCAGUGGCGCCUUUGUGCUUCCUGUACAACGAGCCGUCCAAACUGUACAGCGUAUUCAGGGAGAUGUACAUCCGCUACUUCUUCAGGCUGCACUCCAUCUCGUCCUCUCCUUCCGGCAUCGUGUCCCUGUGCCUGCAGUUCGAGCGGCUGCUGCAGACCCACCUCCCCCAGCUCUUCUAUCACCUCCGACAGAUCGGGGCCCAGCCGUUGCGUAUAGCCUUUAAGUGGAUGGUGCGGGCCUUUUCUGGCUACCUCUCCACCGAUCAGCUGCUCCUCCUCUGGGAUCGAAUCCUCGGGUACGACUCACUGGAGGUCGUCGCAGUCCUGGCAGCUGCCGUGUUCGCCUUUCGCGCCGAGAACCUGAUGGAGGUGACGUCGCUGGCCUCGGCCGAGGCCGUCCUCGCCGACCUCUCGACCCUGAAGGUCAUGCCGCUCAUCCAGAUCUUCCUCUUCGCCACGGCCAUCUGAAGAACGCUCGGAGAGAAUGCUCGGAGAGCCACGAGGGCGAAGCUAAAGUGGCGAAGCCUUGCACCGGUUCAAGCAAAAAGCCAAACACCGUCUUUAGCAUGUGUGCACCACAAAUAGUCAAUACUCAAUAUCAUGUUUUCAGAUAUUAUACAGUACGUAGGUAUAGCAAAGACACGCACAGGCUAAGCUAGCCUCCUUAAGCCAUACGCUCUGCAGAGAAGACGAUCUGCAGUGUUCGGAUCAGCCGGGGAGCUGAUUAGUGAGUUGCUCCGAGCGGUAAUUGUAUCGCGACGGAACAAACAGUAUCGUCUCCACGCUCGGCCAAUCAAGUGUUAAUUAGCUCGUGCAAUUUAUUCUGCUCUGUGACUCCUGCGCGUUAUAAUGCUGUUAGAUAAAUGCCGUUGCUGAUGAAUGAGGGGACUGGAAGCGCCGGCCUGUGCCAGCGUCUUCAGACGCUGUUGCUCGCGUAACGUAUUUAUGAAGGAAUCACGUGUUACCGCACCCUUAAGAGACAUUUAGCACCUUCAGUGCCAAUGUGUGUUUUACGUUAAUGUCAACAUUUCGUGUUUGGGUUUCAGUUUCAAAUCAUGUGCUUUCUGAAUGUGUUCACCCGUUCUGUAAUGCCUUUUUAAAUACCUCAUUAAUAAUAGUAUUCUUUGUACUAGUGCUUCCCUGCAAACCUAAUGAAAUAAAGUUUUGUUGCAUUAAUGACUUUGA